CACUCACUGCCUCUCAUUCACUGCCCGGCACGGGGACAGGCUGGGGACCCAACUUUCCCACACCACGGAGGUUACUCCUAGGAGACAAACGCAACCGAGAUGACCAACCUACUCCUUGUUUCUGUUGUUUUGCUACAUUUGCAACAAGGGAGCACCAGCAAGAAAUUACCUGGAGUUGAGCAAUACGAAAUAGUUUAUCCACGGAAAUUGCACACAGUACAUAAAAGAGAUGUAGAAAGAAACAAAGAGACAAAAUACGAUGACACAAUGGAGUAUGGAAUCAAAGCCAGUGGAGAGGAAGUCGUACUGCAUCUCCAAAAAAAUAAGCGUCUAUUAGCUAGAGACUAUACCGAAACAGUUUAUUCUGAUGACGGUCAACAAAUAACAACAAGACCUCAGAUCAAGGAUCACUGUUAUUAUGAAGGUUACGUUCAGAAUGAUGACGAUUCUGUAGCAAGCAUCAGUGCCUGCAAAGGUCUAAGUGGAUAUUUUGAGACCCGUGGCCAGAAGUACCUCAUUGAGCCCUUGGGAACUUCGGACACAGACGAGCAUGCGGUCUAUAAGUACGCGAAACUCGCACAAAAGUCCAUAAAAACCUGCGGUCUGAUCAAUAAUACCUGGGAAGAGGAUUCAAAUGACCCCAUCAAUGACAUCUUCAAAUCCAGCAACAGUCCAGAAAUGAAAGCAUACCUGAAAGCAAAAAAGUAUCUGGAAGUUUACAUAGUGGCAGACAAUACUUUGUAUAAAAAGUAUGAGGAAGAUGUUACAACCGUCAGACAAAGGAUAUUUGGAAUAGUCAACUUCAUUAACACGGUUUAUAAGGCCAUAAAUAUCUACGUGGCUUUAACUGGCCUGGAAAUCUGGACGGAUGGUGAUAAAUGCCCCCUGAGCCGCGCCGCGGGGUUCACUCUGGACAGUUUCUCAAAGUGGCGUUUAUCAGAUUUACUAAAGAGGAAAAGAAACGACAAUGCUCAGCUGAUCACAGGCUAUGACUUUGAGGGGACCACGAUUGGAUUAGCCUUCCUAAAAUCCAUAUGCAGCGAUAUAUAUUCUGCAGGUAUUAUUCAGGAUCAUAACAGAAAUGAAAUUGCAGUUGCGUCUACCGUGGCACAUGAGAUGGGACACAACCUGGGCAUGAGUCAUGACACCCAAGCCUGCACGUGUAGUAGUAAAGUUUGUAUCAUGACAGAUACUGUCAGCUCUAUCAUCCCCAAGAAAUUCAGCUCUUGCAGCCUCCAGAGCUUCGAGAAAUACAUGUUGAGCGACAUGCCAAAAUGCUUAACUAACAUCCCAGAUCCCAGCAGCAUCAUAGCACCUCCAUCCUGUGGAAACGGCUUUGUGGAAAAAGAAGAGGAAUGCGACUGCGGUACUCCUGAGGAGUGCACAAACGAGUGCUGCAACCCCGAGACGUGCCAACUGACCGCAGGUUCCACAUGCGCACACGGAGAGUGCUGUGAAAACUGCCAAUACAAAAAAGCAGGAGCUGUUUGCCGAGCAGCUAAGCACGACUGUGACCUGGCUGAGAUGUGCACCGGCUCCUCUGCAAACUGCCCAGUGGAUCGAUUCCGUGUGAACGGACAUCCCUGCAACUACGGCGAAGGCUAUUGCUACAUGGGAAACUGUCCCACCCGAGAAAACCAGUGCAAAGCUGCUUUUGGACCACAGGCAACCGAAGGUGCAGCUUCCUGCUACCGGAUGAACGAGAAGGGGGUAUAUUAUGGAUACUGCAGAAAAGAAAAAGGUAGUCACGUCCCGUGCAAAAAAAAAGAUAUAAUGUGCGGAAAGUUGUUCUGUACUGGGGGGAAGGAGAUGCCUCAGGAUGGGAGCCUAGUGACUUUUGAGUCCUGCAAAGCAAGUUUUCCUAGACAUGGAGAAGGAGACCCAGGGAUGAUUCUCAAUGGAACCAAGUGUGGGAAUGGGAUGGUGUGCAGCAAUGGGGAGUGUGUCUACGCCGAAGGUUUCUUUAGAUCAACCAACUGCUCUGCCAAGUGUACUGGACAUGCUGUGUGUGACCACGAGCUGCAAUGCCAGUGUGAAGAAGGGUGGGCACCACCAACCUGCGACAGCUCCUCGGCAAUUACCAGCUUCGCUGUCGUUGCUGGUGUGCUGGUUGUCCUUGCUGUCACAGCAAUCGCAGCAGCGUUACUUAUCCGCUUCCGACUACUCAAGAAGAGCUGCCAGACCAGAAGGGGACCUGGAGCCACAAACCAAGUCUUUGUGGAUCAAGAACAAAGAUGCAGAGAACACCCUGUCCUGGCAGCACCCACCCCGAAGGUGAAUGAUAAGAAACUUCUCCUUCCCGUACCUCCACUGCAAGAGAACAAACCACAGCUCCGGAGCCCUGCCAUGAGGCCAAAAGGUCCCCCACCUCCCGUUCCUUCUACCAAACCAGCCUCUUGUUACACAGAGGAGAUUUUUGCACCAGAAAGAAAACCUGCUCAUCUCCCAGUUCCCAAAGGCAGACCUCCACCUCCACCAAAGGCUUUAAAACCUCCAAUUAAUCCCAGGGUAUGAAGCUUCUGAAGUAGGGCUGAUUGAGAUACCUGGAAUUUUCAGGGACAAUUUGUACGUCCCUUGAUUCCUCCACUUUCAGGCAACCAAGAUCUCUUUAAAACAACAACAGACUGUCAGCUUGACAGCUGCUUUGCAAGAACAAGUUUGCUUUUUCCAACAGCGAGGAACCUUUUGACGAUGACAUCAAGCUACUGCCCAAAAGGAAACAAAAGCAGCAUCACUACUUGCACUGAGGUGUAGGCUGGGAGUAAGUUAGGAAAGCCGUUUAGCACAUCCUAAGCCCUUGGCCACUGCCGCAAGAUGUGGCUGCACUGGGAUGCCCUGCGUCCACACUGCUUUUCUGGGUACAGACCCGGGAAGAUCAGGGGAAGCAUGGGUGUUACGUGUUUGUAUAAUUGUACAAUUUUUGCUACAUUUCCGGACCUUUGCCAGCCCUCUCUUUGGCGACAGAGCAGACCUCCUCUCCUCCAUCUGCAAACUGCACGUUCUGGUCCAAGAAUAAUCCUUCCCGCCCUUGGGGGAAAAAAUUGUCCUCACGGCCUGAGCUAGUUUUCAAACAAUUUGGAUUACAUACUGGAAAUGCACUGAUUCUGGCAAGAUCCUUUUGGAUCGGGUUCUCUCAUUAAUCCUUAGAUUACCUGUUCAACAAGCUUCCUCUGCUGAGUUGGUAGGACUGGAGACAGGCUCCGAAGCGAAGCACGCGGGAGUCAAGCCACUCGCUGCUUGCAAGUGCUCCCAGAGCACGACUGGCUUGCAACUGGCUGUGCCAGUUUAAAGAGAGCUCCAGCUGCCACCACUGCACUUGGACAGGAAAAAUUUAGAAAAGCGCAGUCAACAAAAAUCCUUAACGAUUUAUUUCAUUUGCCCCUCAGCUCCAGGAAUAGCCGAGCAUUUCUCCCGUCCAGAAUAUACACACCUUGAUGUUUUCAUUUAAUCGCUCUUGCAGCGGUGUGUGUUAUUGUAAAGUUGCUAAUGAGAGCUGGGCUGGGCACCAGGGUUUGUUAUUAUGGGACAGCGUCGCAGCGCGAGGCUUUGCACGCCGGUUUAUUACUGUGGGGUUCUUCAUUCGCUCUGCCCUGCUGGCAUCAGCAUUGUUGACACUAUCGGCCUGCUGGCGUGGAUCUGCAUGAUACUGUUGGCGCUGAUGUUAAUGAUACAGUGAGGGUGCUGGCGCUGAUGCUAUUGUUACCGUUGGCACUGAUGUUCACGCGGUUGGCAUCCAUCAUUUUCAGUUGAAGUGCACAGAAGGGUUUUUCAAGGAACAAAAAUUUUACCAGGGAUGGGGGGGGGAAGGAAAAAAUUAAAAAAAAGAAAGAAACAAAAUCGUCCGGGACGCAAAGUACUCAAGAUUUUAUAGAGGUUCCAGUCUGAACUGGAUUUGGGUUUGGAUCGGGAUCAGAGUCAGGACAGACCCAGAUGGCUUAUGCUGUGGCUCAGGAAGGCAGCUCCCAGCCCUUGGCCAUGGCGUCUUUGCCCAGGCAGAGCACCCGGCCACCAAACUACCAAAACAAACCCUGGGGCCUCGGGCCAGCAUCCCACACUCCCCUGUCCCUGGGCUUGCUUCUGACCAGGGCCUGUUAAGACUUUUUAAAAAGCCCCAUCUUCAGAGGGCCUGAAAGCUUCUGCUCAAGUUCACGACCCAGUUGACACCCGCAGAAGUCCUGAUCCACGUCAUCUUGUCCGGCUGCCGACCACGUACCUGCACGGUGACGUCUCCAAUGCAGAGCCUCGCUAUUUGCAGCGAGCCUUACCACGGCGGCACACUGCACAUCCAUUGUGUCUGAUGCAAAAAUGCAUCUAAAAAACCCCCAAUUUCUUCUUCUGGGCUCAUCCACCGUGUCUGAUGCAAAAAUGCAUCUAAAAAAACCCCAAAUUCUUCUUCUGGCCUAGGCUUGCUCUGAGGUUGCCGAUCAAGUACAGAUGAAUGGAAUUACAGCCUUCGGUUUGAGGAGUGACGUGUUUUGGUUUUGGUUUUUUUUUUUUUUUGUUUCAGGGUAAAUGUUACUGGAAGAGCAUCACUUUUUUUUUCUGCUUUGCCUAAUUGUUCCUUUAUUUCGGUUGGAAAUGGAUUUUAAUCUGUCUGUAUGUGGCUAUGGUGUAAAGACUCAGAAUUUAUUUUUUAUGACCUGUAAUUAAUGUAUUGACAAAGAUUUCUGUAUUAAAAUUAUUCUACCUGAACUGGA